CAUCCAGAAUCGUGUUGUGUCUCUCAGAGUAGUGCGCAGCCGGCAAGGAUUACCUCAAAUCUCCUCUUCUAUCAAACUACCCAUCUACGCCUCCCGUGCGUUGGAUCUCAGCGAGCUCCAAGUGCCUCAGAUAUACAUCAGCUAUCCCCCGUUCGCUUGUGCAUCCCUAGUUCCGGAACCGCGGUGCCGUGUGCUAAGUGUUGUGGUAUUUCACAUCAGUUUGUUGAGGAGUUCAACAUUCUCGCGUUCGCUGGAAUAGAAUAAAACGAAACCCUUUAAAAAAAAAUGUCAUACAUUGGCAACACCUCAGAUGUGGAGCAGGAGAAGAAUCUGUCCGAAUACCGACGACAGCGCAGUUCUAGCAAUCUGAUGCCGACCGGCGCCAAACAAUCGGUCGGCAGUCCGAAAAUGUCCGAUGUGCUGUGGAACGAUAAACGUGCCGCGAGUCGUGCUGUGAAUGCGAGCGAUGACGACGACUCGGAAGUGUCAGACAGCGAGAACUUUCUCGCCAAGGGUGCGUUUCUGCUUACGCCCUCGCACGAACUGUCGAUGGACCGUGCGGCACUGAUUUGCGAAAAGAUGAACUUCAAGGGUUGCUUCAGCCUGACCAAGACGGCCACCGGCAUACUGUUUAAGUUUUCCAACCCGGAAGACUAUCAGGCGGUGUUUAAGAAGGGCUUCCAUAAGGUGACUGGGGCACGGUUCUACAAAAAGAUUGCCAUCCCGUGCCGGCCGCAGAAGACAUUCAUGCUGUACGUAUUUGACGUACCGGAGGACCUGCCGGAGGAAGACAUCCGGCACUCGCUGUAUCGUUUCAACUCGGUGGUCGAGGUUGUCCGGCUCCAUUUGUAUGUCUUUGUAUCUGUCUGUCGAUCUACCUGUGUUCCGUUCAUUUCUUCCCACGCGACCCACGGCGGUAACGAUGCGCCAACGCCAGCAGCCGCCGGUGCGCCCCAAACGAAACCUCAGGUACCAAAGCUGCCGACUACCAAACCAAUCGACGAGCAGGACGUGGCACUGCAGAAAGAAUCGCCACCACCACCGAUACGUAUCACGCUCGCCUCGCUCGAUGAGUACAAUCACCUACUGCAGAACGGGUUGGACUUCUAUGGGGCUACGUUUUUCCCCACCGAGGCCCAACUACCACCACACGCGGCCAAAAUUGCUACUAAACGAGGAACACGCAUGAUUGACGGAAGCAUUCCAGGGCGUGUGCGAGAGCUGCUCCCAGUGUUUGAUGCGGCGGGUUUUAGCAAAAUUCCGCCGCCGGCAUCGAAAACAAUAAAACCGCGCCCAUAAACCGCACAAGGACCAACAUAAAAGCAGCGGCCAACUGUUUGGCUAUCAUCGUCAUUACCAUCGUCAUCGCAAUGUCUUGCCGCGCCGAACAUACAGCACGCACCAUUCUCUCGCAACGCACAUCUGAACACCGUUGCCGCCAACCGCGUGGCAGGAACCAAUCAACCCGACACAGCUAAUACCAAACCCCCAUUUGCAUGCGCCUUAGCGAAGCAGCGUCGUUUCUACGCUGCCGCAACGUUGCGUGACGGAUUGCGCUAUGCGUGAUUAGUUCGAUGCCUCACCAUCAUCAAGGGAUCUUCGCUCCGAAGCAAGGGCAGUUCAAUAAUCAUUCCAGAAUCCAGAAUGCAUUGAGCCAUGCAGUACACAAACCCAUCAUACAGCAUAUUGGAUGCGCGGCACCAAGGUGUGCAGACUCAUACGCCAACCUAACCUUACGAUAGGAAUGUAUCGCCGAAGUCUCGUCAGUUCCGUAAUGAUUUUAUAUAUACAUAUAUCUAUAUGCUCCGAGCCACUCCUUUCCUGCAAAGCCGCAUACUUUCAACAUCAACUUCCUGUUUUGGUUUGAUUUAAGCUAUUUCUACGAUGCUUGUUCCUAAGCUCUAGGUUCCGACCUAGACGAUCCAUCAUGUGCAUAGAUUAUGCAAAUCCUAUUCGAAUAGUUGAUGAUUACAAAAAAAAAAUCCCCUCCAUAACCUUCAUAAUAGAUCUGCAUAUUUGUUGGGAAAAAAACAAUAAAAUUUUCUAUCUC